CCGCUAUGUCUAAGGUUUUAUACAAAGAUUGUACGACAACAAAUUGGUAAAUGGUGCUGCGACACAAUUGUUAAAUUUAAGUAUACUGACAAUCUAGUUUGCUGGACACGGUUGGAUUAUUGUGACCAGUUCUUUUUCCGAAAGAUUCGUAUACUUCAGUAAGUAAGAGGUAUGCAAACAUUUUUACAUUUUUUUCUUUUUUGUAGAUCGUCGAUCGAUCUAAAUGCACACUGGUUGCUCAAACUAACAUAAUGCCAAAACGGAAAUUCUCAUCAUUGGCUGGGAAGAAGAAAAUAACAUCUAUACAGAAGAAGCAAAAGCAAGGUGUUCUUACCCCCCAAAAAGCUACCACAGAUAAAGAAGCUGAAGCAGAAAGACAACUAAAUGUUAGCCGACGAGAAACACCGGGACGGGCCGCUAAAAGAAAAACUAGUGAUAUGAUAACAAAAAUUAUUGGAAAUCGGGAAGAAGCAGCAAAGGAUUCUACAAUAGGAACAUCUGCUACCAUACAACCAGAAGGAAAUAUCUCCAAAGAAAAAAGCCCUACAAGGUCUUCAAGGAUUAUUAUUAAACACCCUAACGAAAACAAAAUGGUUCUUAGAUUAAACCGAAUUGAAACGAACAUCGUUGAGACGCUUCGUCUACAUGGUGUUACACUACCUGAUCAUGACUUACAGUUGUUGAACCGUCUGCAAAAAUCAAACCAAAAUAAUGAACAGUCAAAUAUCAAGACUGUCACUUCCAUCGAUCUUGAACCCAAAGGCCCUGCUAUUUUACCAGUCGUUUCGCCAAUACUUGAACAAGUAAACGUGGUGCAGCUGACUGAGGUUUCUGCACAAGUUCAGGAAAAAUCGACCAAUGAAGCUAAUUCUUUGAACUCUCAAAUGAAUAUAGCAGCAUCGGUUCCAUCGGCUGUUACUCACGUCAUCCUUCAUACAAACAUGAGUGAGUGUAAAAACAAUUUCCUGGAAAAUUUGGCGCUUACCCAAAUCGUGCCAACUCGUACAUAUUCGAAUCCGUCAAACACGAAAAAAACCAUCAAAAUCACCCUAGCCAAGAGAGACAGCAUUUCUUCUCAAAAGAAUAUCGAAUCUCCCAUGAUCGAACCUUCCGUCCCCAAUGGAAUAACCGCCACCACUACUGCGCCCAUUUCAGCUCCAAGCACAAAUGCAUUAAGUAACCUUUCUAACAAAACUACACAAGGAAAUACCCGACUCGUGUCCAACGUGAAGAUCAUCAGUUUACCCCCUGAAGAUCUACAGAAUCUGCAAAAUAACAAGUUACAUAUCCAGUAUCUUGCGUCCAAAAAGGAUCCUUGCCCUCAGGAAGUUUCUCUUUUGAGUAAACUUCGAUUAAUUCAAACUAAAAUUUUGUCUACGGGGAAACCAGUUAAGCCCAUUCGCGGCCAACGCGUUCAAGGUAUUCCGUUUUCCACCGACGCUUUUAUGUACAUCGUCCAGAAUGGCACACAUCAAUCUGUGACUGAUACUCGUAAGACUACCAAAAAGGUAGUAGCUUCGGUCCCCACUACCGAAUUAACAUCGCCAGCUACAACUGAAAACCGUUCGAACUCUUCUAUCAAUAUACCUCAAGUAAAGAAUUCCGUUGUGGGAAAAUUACUUGAAUUAGCCACCAGUAAUAACUGUGACUAUAUUCUUCCGGAUGCGGAAAAAACAGUUUGCAAUCGUAAUAGCUGCAUUCUACAAAUAGCCCGUCUCAAAUCAGAAUUAAACCAAAAGUCUAUUGCUUUGGAAUCUUGUAACAGUGAGUUAGCCAACUUGAGGGCAGAAUUGAACAAAGCAAACGAAUACGUAAGCAAUUUGAGAGCACAAUUGGAAGAGAAUACUCACACAUUGUGCUCUUACCUAGCGGCAAGUUCGCACAUAAAUUAUGAGUAAUUUUAAUCAUGCAGGUGUAAAAAUUUUUCUCAUUCGUUCAAUUGUGUGAAAGAGAAUCAGAUUAUGACAAAUUUUUGUUCUCAAAAUGACAUAGUUAGUAAUCGUUUCAUUGUGUUUUAUUUGUCUACCAGAAAUAUCUUUUUUUAUGAUUUCAAAUCUUUGCAUAUGCUACGUUACGUAAAGCAUCCUUGAAUCCUAAUGUGAGCUGAAGGGGAAAAUGCCAUUUAAUAAAGUGGAAUAUGUAUAUGUUUCAAAAAGCUGUUUGUGCAAAUACACUUUUGAUUUCCAGCACGUAUUAAA